AUGGAUACAACUUGCUUUUCUGAGAGCAUUUAUAACCUCAUACCCAGUGACCGGAAGGAGCCUCCCCAGCCUCCUAGGUACGUAUCCAUUUUUAAGGCCUCUAUUAAAGAUAAUACGCAAAAAUGUAAAGCUGCAAUGAAGACUAUGGGGCCACCAAAAGUUGAACUACCUUCUCCAAAGAAUUUCCUGAAGAAACAUUCAAUGGAAAAAACUCUACCACCCAAAAAAAAGUUUGAUCGGAAUGAGCCCAGAAAGCCUCCUGUGCCACUGAGAACUGAUCAUCCAAUCAUGGGAAUACGAAGCGAAACAAAUUUUAUAAACACAAAUGCAGCCGAUGUCAUUCUGGGAGUGACUAAGAAGCCUAAACCAAUUUAUGUUGACAAAAAAACUGGAGAUAAGCAUGAUCUUGAAACUUCAGGACUAUUUCCAAAAUACAUCAAUAAAAAGGAUUACGGUGUCACACCUGAGUAUAUAUGUAAGCGAAAUGAGGAAGUAAAGAAAGCCCAAGAAGAAUAUGAUAACUAUAUCCAGGAAAACCUUAGGAAAGCAGCUAUGAAAAGGAUUUCUGAUGAAGAAAGGGAGGCAGUUCUUCAGGGGCUGAAGAAGAACUGGGAAGAGGUACAUAAGGAGUUCCAGUCCCUCUCUGUGUUCAUCGAUUCCAUACCGAAGAAGAUUCGCAAGCAGAAGCUGGAAGAAGAAAUGAAGCAGCUGGAACAUGACAUCGGUGUCAUUGAAAAGCACAGAAUUAUUUACAUUGCCAAUAAGUAA